AUGAAGGGGACCAGCGCCCUCCUGCUGGUGGUCCUCACGCUGUUCUGGGUCUGUGGCCCGGCCACAGCGGAGGACGACAGUGAGUUUUUCAUGGAGUUCCUGCAGACGCUGCUGGUGGGGACGACGGACGAGCUCUUUGAGGGGCCGCUGGGCAAGUACAACGUCAACGAGGGCGCCAGGGCAGCACUGACGGAGCUCAAGUCCUGCCUGGACGGCCUGCAGCCCGUGCACAAGGAGGACUUGCUCAAGCUGCUGAUGCAAGUGCUAGGCGGUGAGGACGGCUCCUAA